AAUUAAACCAAGAUCAAAUUAAAGAGAGAUGGUGGGACCGAAGAAGAGGCCACAAAUUGUUCUCUUUGGGUCGUCCAUAGUUCAGCUAAGCUUCGGCAAUGGAGGAUGGGGUUCCAUACUUGCCGAUGUCUACACUCGUACAGCGGACAUAGUGUUGAGAGGAUAUUCUGGUUGGAAUUCCAGGCGUGCCAUCCAGGUUUUGGAUCAAGUAUUCCCAAAGGAUGAUACAACUCAGCCUUGUUUGGUAAUAGUUUACUUUGGUGGUAAUGAUUCAAUGGGACCCCAUUCAUCAGGCCUAGGUCCUCAUGUACCACUUACUGAAUAUGUUGAGAACAUGAGAAAGAUUGCAAUUCACCUAAAGAGUCUUUCAGAGAAAACACGAGUUAUUUUUCUCGCUUCUCCUCCCGUCAAUGACAAAAAAGUUGGUGAAUUCCGAAGUAAUCUCUGUUGGAAACUUGCUCGUAACAAUGAAUUGGGCAAGAAAUAUUCCGACGCUUGUAUAAAGCUAUGCGAGGAAAUUGGAGUUAAGGGUAUUGAUCUUUACAAAGCAUUUCAAAGACAUAAUGACUGGGAGAAUGCUUGCUUCACAGACGGACUUCAUUUAUCUGAAGUGGGAAGUAGAAUAGUGGUAGAGGAGAUAAUGAAAGUUUUAAAAGAAGCAGAAUGGGAGCCUAACCUUCAUUGGACUUCAAUGGAAACCGAAUUUGGAGAGGAUUCAGACUACGACAUCGUUGCAUGUGAUGGAAAAACGACGGUAAAUCCAUCGAAGUGGAUCUACAGGCAAAUAAAAUGGGACUAG